UCAUAACUGGAGAAAAAAAACAGAAAUCAAUCUGACGGAGCGUUUCCAUUGGUUACAGGCUCCUGGUACCCAGGAAAGAGGAUGUAGCAUCUCCUGCGGUAGCUUUAGCAAACAGGGCAAAUGUGAGGAAAGGGCGGCUGUUGUGCGGGUAAAUAUGGGACGGCUAAUGGCCAUAUGAACGAGAAGGUGAUGAUUCACCGGCAGGUGAUACUGACCCAGUAUUCAUAAAAGAGUGGGCAAAAAUGACCAGGAUGACCUACUACUUCAGGCGAGAUUCUGAAGUGUGCAUGUGAUGGACGCUUUACUAUCCCAUGAGGCCACGGGAGAGGAUUUGUGAAUGGCAGAGAAGUGACACAACUGACACUGGUGAACUUGUACCAGAACAGGUUUCUCGGGCUUGCAGCUAUGGCCUCUCCAUCUCGUGUAUCUCAGGGCAGGCGGCGAUGUAAGGACCCGAUUCGGCACAGUUUCAACCCCGAGCAGUUUCCCAAUGUGGACUUCCAGAAUGGCGUUCCUGAGGAGCUGGCUGCGGCCGUGCUGCGUUCCACCAGCGACACCGACCUCGUGACCUCCCACUGCCGCUCCACCCUCACCGUCAGUACCUCCAGCUACACCAUCGGUCAGACGCAGGACAUCACCCUCAGCUGGGACAUCAAGGAGGAAGUGGACGCGGGUGACUGGAUUGGCAUGUACCUCAUUGAUGAGGUUCUGUCAGAGAACUUUCUGGACUACAAAAACAGAGGUGUGAACGGCUCCCACAAAGGUCAGAUCGUCUGGAAGAUCGAGGCCAACUCCUACUUCGUAGAACUGGAAACUAAGAUCUGUUUUAAAUAUUAUCAUGGAGUGAGCGGAGCCCUUCGGGCCACCACACCAUGUGUGACUGUGAAGAACCCCUCUGCACCGGUUUUUAAGCCAGUUGCCACAGAUGAUGUACCUCAGAGUCAAGGCAGAAGAAGACUCAUCAGCUUCUCUCUGUCAGACUUCCAGGCCACCGGGCUAAAGAAAGGCAUGUUCUUCAACCCCGACCCCUACCUGAAGAUCGCCAUCCACCCUGGCAAGCAUAGCAUCUUCCCUGCCCUGCCUCACCACGGCCAAGAGAAGAGAUCAGGCAUUGUCUGCAAUACCAUUAAUCCCGUUUGGCAGAGGGAGCGCUUUAAUUUUGUUUCUCUGCCCACGGAUGUGUUGGAGAUUGAGGUGAAGGAUAAGUUUGCCAAAAGCCGACCCAUCAUAAAGCGUUUCUUGGGCAAGUUGUCCAUGCCAGUGCAAAGAUUACUGGAGAAGCAUGCUAUCGGUGAUCGAGUGGUCAGUUACACUCUGGGUCGGAGGCUUCCAACAGAGCAUGUCAGUGGCCAGCUUCAGUUCAGGUUUGAGAUUACCUCCUCCAUCCACCCAGAUGAUGAAGACAUGUCCCUUAGUACAGAGCAGCCAGUGGCAGCAGCAGAAGCUCAAGUCCAACCUCAAGCAGAAGACACCAUGAGCUUAGACCAGGGGGCCCCAGAGUUGCCCUUAGAUGGAGAUACGGCUUCUGUAGAGAUGCCCAUGGACGUUGAAUCUGGGCAAAGCUGUGCAGCUGAGGAAGAUGCCACAGAGGAAGAGCCUUUAGAGGCAGAACAGCAUGAGGCAGCCGCCGAGAGCCACGAACAAAUGGAGCAAGGUGAGACCAGCGUGGAAGCAGAAGAGACAGUCCAAGAAGAGGCAGAAAAUGAUAGUGCCUUUGCCGAAGAGCCUGCAGACUCUUCUGGAGCUCCUGCUGGAGCCGAAGAGGAGGUGGACCCGCAGCCGGUUAUGGAGGAACCAGAGGUGGAUCUAGAGGAAGGCUGUUCGCUGAGGAUCAGAACCACACCGAGACGGAAGCCGCGGCCCUGCUCUCUACCCGUGUCUGAGCUGGAGACGGUCAUCGCUUCGGCCUGUGGCGAACCCGAGACGCCACGCUCCCAUUACAUUCGAAUCCACCACCUGCUGCACAGCCUGCCGUCCACCCAAACUCAACCAGAAGAUGCGGCUGGGCCUGAGCCCAACCGGCCUCAGGGCGUAGAGGAGGAAGAGGAGGAGGAAGAAGAGGGCGCGACACUUGAGCCUCACGCUUUAACACCCAACGGCCCUCGCAGGACGCUGCCCCGCAGCCGCUCGCACGAGCGCCUGUCCGACCUCAUUCAGAUGCUCGAUGGAGAGGGGCAGCCGCUCGGGGCUGAGGGCCAAACCGGAGUUCAAAGGUCACCAGGGGAAAGCGAAUGCGAUUUGAGCCCGGUGCCCUGCUGCAGUCAUAUGGCACAUAGGGCGUCGGGCCCUGUGCGGGCGCCGUCUCUAGACAGCGCACGUAGGUCGGAGAGCACUGUGUUCUCAUCGCAGGAUGAUGAGGAUGAGAUGGACAGGGUGAAUGGCAUUCUGGGAUUGGAGGCAGAGAUGGGACAAGGCGCUAAGGGCCGGGAGCCGGGGGAUGGAAGCUGCCAGUGGGAGGAGGCGCCGGACAGUCACGUCCAGAGCCCACAUGGCAUUAUGGGUAAUGGAGAGUCACCAGUAGCUGGUCCAAGCAGCAGGAGAGAAUGUCCUUUGCCUUGUAACCAUCCUGCAGUGAGCCAGCUUCCAGCACUACGGCCCGACCCACAUCACUAUCCCACCAUAGACGAGCCGUUGCCCCCGAACUGGGAAGCCCGUAUCGACAGUCACGGUCGUGUUUUCUACGUGGAUCACAUUAACCGGACCACCACUUGGCAACGGCCCACGUCCGCAGCCACGCCGGAUGGCCUGCGCAGGUCUGGUUCCGUCCAACAGAUGGAGCAGCUCAACAGGAGGUACCAGACCAUCCAGAGGACGAUGGCCACAGAAAGGAGAGACGAGGAGUCAGGCAGCCCACGCAACGAGAGAACAGCCAACACUGAAACAGACUCGCCUCCACAAACAACUGAGUUGAGGCGAGACGCACCAUGUUCUCCGGGUCAUUGUCAGAAGAUCACUUUACUGCUGCAGAGUCCAGCAGUCAAAUUCAUCACUCACCCAGAGUUCUUCACCGUGCUUCACGCAAAUUAUGGGGCGUAUCGUAUGUUCACCAACAGCUCGUGUCUGAAACACAUGGUCCUGAAGAUCAGGCGGGAUGCUCGAAACUUUGAGCGCUACCAGCACAACCGUGACCUGGUGAGCUUCUUGAAUAGGUUCGCUGAUGCUCAGCUGGAGCUGCCGCGGGGCUGGGAGAUCAAAACGGACCCACAGGGGAAGUCGUUCUUCGUAGACCACAACAGUCGUGCCACAACCUUCAUUGAUCCCAGGAUCCCCUUGCAAAACGGCAGACUGCCCAACCACCUGACUCACCGCCAGCACCUGCAGAGAUUACGCAGCUACAGCGCAGGAGAGGCAUCGGAGGUGUCGCGCACCCGAGGGGUGUCUUUGUUAGCCAGGCCUGGAAACAGCCUGGUAGCAGCCAUACGAAACCAAAGCCAGCAGGAGCCAGUGCCAUUAGCAUACAAUGAUAAGAUUGUAGCGUUUUUACGGCAACCAAACAUUUUUGAGGUGCUACAGGAGCGACAGCCGAGCCUGGCGAGAAAUCACUCACUUAAGGAAAAGGUGCAUCACAUCCGAACCGAAGGCACACAGAGACUUGAGAAACUGUCGUGUGAUGCUGACUUGGUUAUGCUGUUAAGUUUGUUUGAGGAGGACAUCAUGUCUUACGUUCCUCUCGCUUCAUUUCACCCCGGUUUCAACUUCUCUCCACGCUGCUCCCCUGGUUCUUCUCCCCAGAACUCUCCAGGGACUCAGAGGGCUCGGGCACCAGCGCCCUACCGCAGAGACUUUGAAGCCAAACUGCGCAACUUCUACAGGAAGCUUGAGGCAAAAGGCUACGGGCAAGGACCUGGGAAAAUCAAAUUGAUUGUCAGAAGAGAUCAUCUGUUAGAAGGGACGUUUAACCAGGUCAUGGCCUACUCCCGUAAAGAGCUCCAGAGAAACAAGCUGUACAUCACCUUUGUCGGAGAAGAAGGACUGGACUACAGCGGACCAUCACGAGAGUUUUUCUUCCUGCUGUCUCAGGAGCUGUUUAACCCUUACUAUGGCCUGUUUGAAUACUCCGCUAACGACACAUACACUGUCCAAAUCAGCCCCAUGUCUGCUUUUGUGGAAAACCAUUUGGAAUGGUUCCGUUUCAGUGGUCGAAUUCUCGGCUUGGCAUUGAUUCAUCAGUAUUUGUUGGACGCCUUCUUCACCCGCCCAUUUUAUAAAGCUCUCCUCAGACUAGCCACAGAUCUCAGUGAUCUGGAGUAUCUGGAUGAGGAGUUCCACCAGAGCUUACAGUGGAUGAAGGAAAAUGACAUCACAGAUGUGCUGGAUCUCACCUUCACUGUCAAUGAGGAAGUGUUCGGCCAGGUAACAGAGCGGGAGCUGAAGUCCGGCGGGACAAACAUGCAGGUGACAGAGAAAAACAAGAAGGAAUAUAUUGAUCGGAUGGUGAAGUGGAGGGUGGAGCGAGGCGUUGUCCAGCAGACUCAGGCUCUGGUCCGAGGCUUUUACGAGGUGGUGGACUCUCGUCUGGUUUCUGUGUUUGAUGCCAGAGAGCUGGAGCUGGUUAUUGCAGGAACAGCAGAAAUUGAUUUAAACGACUGGAGAAACAACACAGAGUACAGAGGAGGUUAUCACGAUGGGCACAUCGUCAUCCGGUGGUUCUGGGGUGCGGUGGAGCGCUUCAAUAACGAACAGAGACUGCGUCUGCUGCAGUUUGUGACGGGCACCUCCAGCGUGCCGUACGAGGGCUUUACCGCCCUGCGCGGGAGCAACGGCCUACGACGCUUCUGCAUCGAGAAGUGGGGCAAGAUCACAUCGCUCCCGAGGGCACACACAUGCUUUAAUCGUCUGGAUCUUCCGCCGUAUCCAUCCUACACGAUGUUGUACGAGAAAAUGCUGAUCGCCGUGGAAGAGACCAGCACUUUUGGCCUUGAGUGAGGACUUCACAUGACUUUCCAUGUACACACUAUGUAAUUAUCUACUAGUGUGGAUCAUGUCCUGUGUUCGUUUCUUUGGUUUGUUCAGGACGCCACUGCAUGCAUCAGUCACCUGCGCGGGUGUACAGUGUGUAACGGGUAUGCAAUAGUGAAAGAGAAGCCUUCAACCUGCUUUAACACUCAGGGCCUUGACCUCCGCUGGAGUCACUCUCAGUUCGCACACAAUCAUUUCACCGCAAACACUCAUUUUCCUUUGGUGCAUUUUGACAUUGACAAGAAUUGUAAAGUUAAAACCAAAUACGCUCACGGUAAAAAUAUAUCUGACUGACUGAGGUGCCGUAAUUACUGUAAAUGUGUGCACUAGUGAUGAGUUCACCUCUCACCCAACACGGCAUUAUCACAGGAAGUGACAUCAUGUCAUGUCACUUUGCAGGAGUCACAGAUGGACUAGGAGGAAACGGCAAGUCUAAACCUUGAUUUGACACUUUUGAUGUAUUCGUUUAUUAAUCAAUACAUUUUAAUAUUAAAAUCAUUACAGCGUCAACAAUGUUCAAGGAUGUUCAAGGCUUCAUGCUGUUUUAUGUCUUGUCUGUAAUGUUCGAAUGAAUUUCUAGUGUUGA